CGGCGGCGGCGGCGGCGGUCGGGAGAGGCCCCUCCUUCACGCCUUCCUUCUUUCGUUCGCUCGCAGCCGAGCUGACCCGGCUGGGCCCCCUACCUUCCCUGGGCCAUGGCCGGCAACGUGAAAAAGAGCUCUGGGGCCGGGGGCGGUGGCGGCUCCGGGGGCUCGGGCUCGGGAGGCCUGAUCGGGCUCAUGAAGGACGCCUUCCAGCCGCACCACCACCACCACCACCUCAGCCCCCACCCGCCGGGGACGGUGGACAAGAAGAUGGUGGAGAAGUGCUGGAAGCUCAUGGACAAGGUGGUGCGGUUGUGUCAGAACCCAAAGCUGGCGCUAAAGAAUAGCCCACCUUAUAUCUUAGACCUGCUGCCAGAUACCUACCAGCAUCUCCGUACUAUCUUGUCAAGAUAUGAGGGGAAGAUGGAGACACUUGGAGAGAAUGAGUAUUUUAGGGUGUUCAUGGAGAAUUUGAUGAAGAAAACUAAGCAGACCAUAAGCCUCUUCAAGGAGGGGAAAGAAAGGAUGUAUGAGGAGAACUCUCAGCCUAGGCGAAACCUAACCAAACUGUCCCUGAUCUUCAGCCACAUGCUGGCAGAACUAAAAGGAAUCUUUCCAAGUGGGCUCUUUCAAGGAGACACGUUUCGGAUUACUAAAGCAGAUGCUGCAGAAUUUUGGAGAAAAGCUUUUGGGGAGAAGACAAUUGUCCCUUGGAAGAGCUUUCGACAGGCCCUACAUGAAGUACAUCCCAUCAGUUCUGGACUGGAGGCCAUGGCUCUGAAAUCCACUAUUGAUUUGACUUGCAAUGAUUAUAUUUCAGUUUUUGAAUUUGAUAUCUUCACACGACUCUUUCAGCCCUGGUCCUCUUUGCUCAGGAAUUGGAACAGCCUUGCUGUAACUCAUCCUGGUUACAUGGCUUUUCUGACAUAUGAUGAAGUGAAAGCUCGGCUCCAGAAAUUCAUUCACAAACCUGGCAGUUACAUCUUCCGGCUGAGCUGUACUCGUCUGGGUCAGUGGGCUAUUGGGUAUGUGACUGCUGAUGGGAACAUUCUCCAGACAAUCCCUCACAAUAAACCUCUCUUCCAAGCACUGAUUGAUGGCUUCAGGGAAGGCUUCUAUUUGUUUCCUGAUGGACGAAAUCAGAAUCCUGACUUGACAGGCUUAUGUGAACCAACUCCCCAAGACCACAUCAAAGUGACCCAGGAACAAUACGAAUUAUACUGUGAGAUGGGCUCCACAUUCCAGCUGUGUAAAAUAUGUGCUGAAAAUGAUAAGGAUGUAAAGAUUGAGCCCUGUGGACACCUCAUGUGCACAUCCUGUCUUACGUCCUGGCAGGAAUCAGAAGGUCAGGGCUGUCCUUUCUGCCGAUGUGAAAUUAAAGGUACUGAGCCCAUUGUGGUAGAUCCAUUUGAUCCUAGAGGAAGUGGCAGCCUAUUGAGGCAAGGAACAGAGGGAGCUUCUUCUCCAAAUUAUGAUGAUGACGACGAUGAACGAGCUGAUGAUUCUCUCUUCAUGAUGAAGGAAUUGGCUGGUGCCAAGGUGGAAAGGCCUCCUUCUCCAUUCUCCAUGGCCCCACAAGCUUCCCUUCCUCCAGUGCCGCCCCGACAUGACCUUCUGCAACCACGAGUAUCUGGUCCUUCAAGUGCGUCUGGUCUUGGGACUGCCUCUAAGCCUGCCUCUGGCUCCCUCCAUAAAGACAAACCACUGCCAGUACCUCCCACACUUCGAGAUCUUCCACCACCACCCCCUCCUGAUCGGCCUUACUCCGUUGGAGCAGAAACCCGGCCUCAGAGACGGCCCCUGCCUUGUACACCAGGCGAUUGUCCAUCGAGGGACAAACUACCCCCUGUCCCCUCUAGCCGUAUUGUUGGGGACUCAUGGCUGCCCCGGCCAAUCCCGAAAGUACCCAUUGCUGCCUCAAGUUCCAAUGACCCUUGGACAGGAAGAGAGUUAACCAACCGACACUCACUUCCUUUUUCAUUGCCCUCACAAAUGGAUCCCAGAGCAGAGGUGCCUAGGCUGGGAAGCACGUUCAGUCUGGAUACCUCCACGAGUAUCAGUAACAGCCCAGUAACAGGCCCAGAUUGUGAGCACCCCAAAAUCAAACCUUCCUCAUCUGCUAAUGCCAUUUAUUCUCUGGCUGCCAGACCUCUUCCCGUGCCAAAACUACCACCUGGGGAGCAGUGUGAGAGUGAGGAGGACACGGAGUAUAUGACGCCCUCCUCUAGGCCUCUACGGCCUUCGGACACCACCCAGAGUUCACGAGCAUGUGAUUGUGACCAGCAGAUUGAUAGCUGUACAUAUGAAGCAAUGUAUAAUAUUCAGUCCCAGGCGCCAUCUGUCACUGAGAACAGCACUUCUGGUGAAGGGAAUCUGGCUGUAGUCCAUGCCAGCACUGGCCCCGAAGAAUCAGAAAAUGAGGAUGACGGGUAUGACGUCCCUAAGCCACCUGUGCCCGCUGUGCUGGCCCGCCGCACUCUCUCAGAUAUCUCCAAUGCCAGCUCCUCCUUCGGCUGGUUGUCUCUGGAUGGUGAGCCCACAACAAACUUCACGGAGGGUUCCCAAGUUCCUGAGAGGCCCCCUAAGCCGUUCCCGCGGAGAAUCAACUCUGAACGGAAAGCGGGUAGCUGUCAGCAGGGUGGUGCUGCUGCCUCUGUCGCUGCCGCCUCACCUCAGCUCUCCAGCGAGAUUGAGAACCUGUUGAGUCAGGGCUACUCCUACCAGGACAUUCAGAAAGCUUUGGUCAUCGCCCACAACAACAUCGAGAUGGCCAAAAACAUCCUUCGGGAAUUCGUUUCAAUCUCUUCUCCUGCCCAUGUAGCCACCUAGCACACUACCUCCCCGCCGCAGCUUUAGAGUGAGCUGGGAGCUCUUAUGUAGCACCUAGAAGGGCAGGGCUUCCUUCGGAGACUUAACAGUGAAGUCUUGCCCUCUCUGUGGGAUAUCACAUCUGUGGUUCCAAGAUUUCAAAGCAGUGGAAUGAAAAUGGAGCAGCUAGUAUGUUUUGUUGUUUUAUGGGUCUUGAGAGUGCAUUUGAGGGUGCCCUUCAGUCCCCACUGAGAGAAGGUGUGGAUAUUAUUACAUGGUAACCUACCUGGGUAACAGUCCAGAAAGCCGCGUAGAUAAGUAUUGUGCUGUAGAUUUUAACUGGGGACUUAAGACUUUCCUGGGUUAAGGAUGUGGCUAAGUGUCUGUCUGUCUGCCUGUGGUUGUGUGUAUCCUUGUGAUUAUAGGAUUAACCUGCUGCGUGUGUUAAUCCCAGGCAGGGAAUUAGCACAAGAGGUUUAGAAGGAAUCUUUUAAAGACUUCCAUCUACUGUGGUAUUAUACCCAACCCUAGUGUGUGUUACAACUUCAACACUCCCCUUUGGCUUAGAUUAUCAAGUGCAUAGCUGAAGUCUUACAUUUUUAGAACAUUUUAGAACACCCUGCCUCUGUUCUUUCCUCUAUCAACUUUUUCCUCCUCCUCCUCUCUUCCUUCUCCUUGGUAUUCUGUCAUUGGCAGUGGGUUUGCUAUGACCAGCCUUACUGAGGCCAAGGAGCUUAUGGGAUGUUUUUUAUUAUGUGUGAUGGUGUUGGUUUGUUUGGUAGCGAGGUGGGAGGAAAGUACUGUUGCUGUAUCAUUAUAGUCAUGUUUGAUACUAGAAGCUAACACUGGUCACUCCAAAAGCGCUGUUCCUAUAGGAACAUUGAGUUCGUGAAGAUGAGAUGUUUUCAUUACCCUAAUUACAUAAUGACUGAUUCGAGAUAGAGGCCUUCAAAUACAUUCCAUGCCCUCCCCAGAAAAUAGUCUGUGGGAGUGUGUUGCCUUGCUGCCAGGUCUGUGCUCUGAUGUAGGUCAUGAGUCUUUCUACUCAAUGGGAAGGGAAGAACAUUUGUUUCCAGGAUAACUUUCUGGCCCAAAUACCAUGAAGUUUUUUUGGGAAGCUUCAUUCACGUGCUAUUUAAAUGCACAAAAGAGUUAGUAAGGAUAUUUAUCUGUUCAUUUUUCCUCCCAGUGAAUUAAUUGCAGCUUAUAGGGUGUCUUCCUUUGAACAUGAGCCAGGUUAGAUGUUCAGAAAUGAUGUUUUUCUUUGCCCUUUUUAUGGAAUACUGGUAACACCCAUGGCAGCACAACAUGUAGCUGAUAAUCCGCACCUUCCUGCACUGAUGCCAACCAGUGACUUGGGUUUUUUUGUGCCUAUGGCUUUGGGAAUGUAACGUCUCUUUCCUCCUUUCCUUCCCUUUCCUCUUUACCUUAGGUCCUGUAUAUACUCUUUAAUUACUGUGUUCUUCACAGUAAUUAGACAUCAUUUGGUGAAUAAUUACUUCACUAUAAUCAAAGACAACAUGGAGAAAGCCUGGCAGUUUAUGUAAUUGCAAGUUCAUAAAGGAGAUUGAGAGUCCAGUUUAGAGAAUCAAUUAGUUAGUUAUUUAAUGCCCUGGUAAAUGAUCCCUCGAGUUUGGUGAGUUCUCUGUCCUGAGCCUUUUCCUGACUUGCCUAGGAAGUGUAAACUUCUUCAGCGUCACAAGCAAGCCUUCCCUUCCACAGAAUCUAAAUCAUGCUUUUGUCUUUAGAUUCAGGCAGACAUUGACAACCCCCAUUAGUUUUCUUUCUAGUCUUGUCAUCUUUAGAGUUUCACCUUGUUCCAACUUUCUCUUGGCAUUUAGCUACUCCUAGAUCUUUUGGUUUUAGCCACUGGCUUUAGAGCUAUUCAUAUUCCCAGAGUGGACAGUACAGGACAUUGUGUUGAUUUGCCAUGGAUACCUUCUGCCUCCUCUACAAACAGAAAAUGGUAUAGCUGGCCAUGCGUGGUGACUCAUGCCUAUAGUUCCAGCACUUUGGGAGGCCAAGGUAGGAGGAUGGUUUGAGGCCAGGAGUUCAAGACCACCUGGGCAACAUAGACCACCCCCCCCCAUCUUUACAAAAAAUAAAAACAUGAGCUGAACAUGGUGGCUCAUGUCUGUAGUCCCAGCUAUUUGGGAAACUGAGGUUGGAUGAUUGCUUGAGCCCAGAAAUUCAAGAUUGUAGUGACCUGGGAUGAUGACACCACUACUUUCUAGCCUGGAAAGAUGCUGUCUCUUUAAAAGAAAAUAAUAAUAGGGAGGCGCCCGUGGCUCAAAGGAGUAGGGCACCAGCCCCAAAUGCCAGAGGUGGCGGGUUCAAACCCAGCCCCAGCCAGAAAAAAAAAAAACUACAAAAAAAAAAAAAGAAAAUAAUAAUAAAGCAAAAAAAGGGAAGAAAAGAAAAGAACAGAGCCUACCAUCAGGUGCGGGGGUCCUCAGUUGAGGUUGGGGUGGUGGUAAGGGAAAGUGUCAGUGAGUAGGAAAUAGUAGACUACUGUCUACUUCUAAAAGCCUGUACAUACAGGGUUUCAUUAGAGGUAACAUUCUGUUUUACAUUUUGUUUAAAUAUUGAAGGCCCUAGUCGAAGAACUGGGAAAAAAUGGCGGCAGUUUCUAAGCCUAUCCAUAUUGCAGUUUCUCUUUCUCUGCAGAUGUUGUCCAUAGUCUGAAGGUCUAUGAAAAAGACAAAGCAUUGAGGCCAGGCUCAUGCCUGUAAUCCCAGCACUCUGGGAGUCUGGGGCUGGCAGAUUGCUUGAGCUCAGGAAUUCGAGACCAGUUUGAGCAAGAACAAGACCCUGUCUCUAAAAAAUAGCCAGGCAUUGUGGUGGGUGCCUACAGUCCCAGCUAGUUGGAGGCUGAGGCAAGAGACUCACUUGAGCCCGAGAGUUUGAGGUUGCUGUGAGCUAUAAGGCCACGGCACUCAACCCCAGGGCAACUGAGUGAGACUCUGUCUCAAAAAAAAAAAAAAGAAGACAAAGCACUGGUUGCAUAUCUUUUGCCCUUGCAGUGCAUCCAAAUCUUUGGUAGAGAUUAUUGCCCGUCCUAUACAGGCUACAGGCAGUUUCAUCCUUUCCUUUCCUAACUGAUUACCAGGUAGCUCUUUGAGCCAACCCUGAAACUGAAGUGCUAGGUCGUAGUGUUGGGCGUGUGCAUGGCUGAUAGACUUAAGUGUUAGUUUGUCAGGUGUGUGUUUGCAGACAUUCAAGGUUUGGGACCAUUUCAUGAAGGUUUCCUUUGGUGCUCUGAGGACACACCUAGGUCCACGCCUGAGAUAGCCAGAUCAGCCUGAGGACAUGGCUCUUGUUUGGGGGAUAUUCUCAAAAGUUUAACUUCUUACAUUUUCCUUUGACUUAGGUACAAAUAAUCCAUUCUUUAUUCUCCAUUUGUACAACAGUUUUCAGUUCUUGAGCUCUGUUCUGAAUUGAACUCAAACUAUCCUUUUGUGAACAGGCUGCCCGCCUCCUAAUUAAAAACCAUUGAUUGGUAAGGUCAAAAACCCACUUGUGGCUGGGUGCAGUGGCUCACACCAGUAAUCUUAGCACUCUGGGAGCCUGAGGCUGGUGGAUCGCCUGAACUCAUGAGUUUGAGACCAGCCUGAGCAAGAGCAAGACCCCGUCUCUAAAAAUAGCUGGGUGUUGUGGCUGGCGCCUAUGGUUGCAGCUAUUUGGGAGGCCGAGGCAAGAGAAUCUCUUGAGCCCAAGAGAUUGAGGUUGCUGUGAGCUGUGAUGCCAUGGCACUCUACCAAGGGCAGUAAAGUGAGACUGUGUCUCAAAAAACCAAACUAAACGUACUUUCAUACUUUCCUUUUUCUCCUAUACAUCAGGCUAUGUUGUGCAGCCCAAUUUCCUCCUUUUCCUGUCUCCUCCUGGGUUGCUUUCUAGAGCCUGCCUGCCUCAUUGCUGAGCAGCGGGCAGGCCUGGACUUUUCCAUCUGCUCCUUCCUACUCCUUCCACUGAAGUAGAGGAUUCUUAAAGUGGAAGAAGCCUGUGGGCUCUCUGAUAGAUACCUCCCUGCCUUAAAUAACAGGCUGGGCAGCUUAUCAUGUCAGCACCUAUCUGUUAGUGUUUAUGUAAGUAGUGAUUUCUGCCUGUGGAGGUCAUUCUCUUUUACCAGCCCCCUUUCCUCUCCAACCCCCACUGCACAUCAUCUUCCACUCUUUCUCUUUCUCUUUUUAUUUUUUUUUUUAAUUUUUUAAUUUUGUUUUUAGAGACAAGGUCUCACCUUGUUGCCCAGGCUGGAUUCGAACUCCUGGGCUCAAAUGCUCCUUCCGCCCCAGCCUGUGGAGCAGUUGGGAUUACAGGCCAAUGCCACUGCCUUCUCCUUCUCUUCUCACAGACCCGCAUCCCUAGGGCCCAGGGUGUGGGGUGUACUUCAUUAGUAUCAUUUAGUGGUUUUAUGGGUUAAAAAAAAAAAUUUUUUUUUUUUUUAGGGUGAGUGCAUUGCUGUUCCUCAUACUUAAAAUAUAUGUUUCCUCUAUAAACAUAAAAUGUGUUUUAUGGUCCAAACAGCAAACCUACAAAUGAAUUUUUGUAACAAAACUUGCUUGUAAGAACUAGGGACCAGCUAUAUAUUCCCCGUAAGAGCUAGUCCUUUUUGUGGAUAAUCUGCAGUGGCAUUAAUACAGAAUAUUCUCCUACCUCACAUUAUUGAAAUGCAGAAAGCUGUAGACCUUCUUCCCAAAGUCUUAAGUCCCCCGUCUUGCUAUUGGCCUUUCUGACCCGAGAGUGACCGCUUCACUGAAUAAUAGCAUUCUGCCCGUUGGCCUGGCUGGCAUGGUCUAUUCCCUCAGCACAUGUUUGAGUGAUUACCAUGUGCCAGAAAUGCCAGCUGUGUUCUUCCCUGCUGCCACAUUGUAGUUCACUGAUGUUGGAGGACUGUACUUGGGCUGUCUCAGCAAUUGCAUUUGCCCCUAAAAUAACUCUUCCCCAUAAGCUUGUGUGAUUUUUACUCACAGGUCUUUUUUAUAGACUUACUUUCCUGAUGGAGCUGUCCUCUUUGGUGUAAGAGCAUGGGUGCCUGCCAUUAUCAUGUGUUUCAUUGGAAUCUGUUUGGUGGGUUGAGGAGUCUGUUGUCUGUGAGUCACACAGUAGGGCAUUAAAUGUUGGCGCCAAGUGUCUGCCCACAGUCCCUGUUCCAAUUGAGUGCCUUCCUUGGUCUUUUUACUGAGCUGCUUGUGUCCCUGAUCCCCUUGGUUGGGAAAGUUUCCUUACUGCCCUUUGGGACCUGUCACCAUCUCCCAUACUGUUUGAAAUUUGUUUUCUAAUCUUUCAGCAAACUUUCCAGAAGGGCUAGAGGUAUGGGGAAGGGGUGGGCAUCUGCCUUUGGGUCCUGAUCUUCAACAGUUAUUUGGUCUUCCAAGAGCUGGACAGUAAUAGAGAUUGAACUCAGUCACUUCUCUAAAUGUCUUUACCUCCUGGAGUGGGGAGCUUAGAGGCCCUAAAGCAUAUGGUGUGUCAUAUAAUGAUGUCAGCACAUCAUUCUACCAGACCUUAAAGCUUUACAAGUUCAGUUUAAAGCAUUCUGCUAACAUAGCAUAAACCAUUACUUUUCCUACACUGAUCUCAGUCUACACUGGCAAUCAUUCUUUAGGAAUACAUGUAACUACUUAAUGUACAGAGGAGGGUGGAAGAAGGUCAAGGUUGUAUUUUUGACUGUCCUGGUUAGGGAUCCUUGGAUGUAAGAAUCAGGAAUGUUCAAGCUAAAAAAGGACAGGGGUGAGGGGGAGUUGAGGAUGCAGGGUAUCUCAUGGCAUCCAGGAUGGGUGUGGAGUUGUUCUUGAAUGGAGCCGGAACUGUGAAGUUCUAUACUUUGUCCUUUCCUGUGCCUCACAACCUGUUUAUCAAGCACCCCAAUCCUCAGGCCCGUACAGCCUUCCAGCUCUGAGGAUUACCAUGAACAGAUUCCCAGUUCUUCAUAGUUCUUACUCUUAAGAAAGAAUACACUCAGCCCAGCACACACAGCAGAUGUGUCUACCCCUGACCCGUCGGCCUUGGUGGGGAGAGUAGAGACGGCACAGUGUGGGCGGCAGCAGCAGCAGCACACAUCUUCAGCUGGGAGGGGAGGUUCUCAGAGACACGAGUAAAGACUCCAUAGAUAACCUAAAAAGGCUUCCCCCCUGGGAGCAAAGCUGGUAUUGUCCUGCUUUUUCGAGAGUGGAAAGGCAGUCAUGGGAGAGUGUCUGGGACCCCGAGGAAAUCCUUAGUUCCUGCUUUUCUUCCCUUUGUCAGUCUUGGCAUCCAAGAUUUCUGACUUCCCUCUUUAGGACCAGUCUGUCCUGUUCUGGAGCAAGUCUGUUCCUGGGUGGUAUUCCUUAACCUCCACUCAACCUCAGGUCUUUCGCCUUCUUUCAUGUUCCAUAGAGAGCAGACUCCAAUAACAGAUUCCACUGUAGCCACUACCCAUGGACUUCUGGCCUCUCGUCAGGUUUUAAUGCUGGAAACACAUUCAUUCAUUCUCCUGCAAUUUGUUCCUCCUAGGUGAAGGGAGCGCUGCAGUCAUUUUCUUAGGCAGGCCUUCCUAGGUACCUCAAAACUACUUUGCCAGAGUUAGUAAGAAUCUCUAACAGUUGCCAGGAUAUAAAUUAAAUACAGGUUUCUGUCUGGCAUAGUUUUUACUCAGAGCUCUUUGGACAGGAUACCUGUGUCCUCCCUGGCCAGUUACUUUUGUUGUCGUCCUGUAUGUUUUAGUUUCUUAAAAACUAUAUUUCUGCUUGCCUCAAUCUUUUAUAUUUAUCUCAUCCAAGAUCCUAUCUUGAAUUAUAAGGCAUUUCAUACUGCCUUACUCAAAACUUUUUUAAACUACUAGUCAUUUGAUACACACAGAAAUAACCUUCUAAUCCAAAGAUACGCAUCAAGGCACAUGAGGAGGGUGGUUCGUCAGACUUUGCAUCGGAUAUUCUCGUUGAGGCUCCCAAAUUAAGGAGCAGAGGGACAGCAGUGCUAUGUGCCUUCACAGUGUCCCAGGAAAUCUGGGUUGGUUUCAAGGGGAAGUACCAGUGUUUCUGGGUUCUGGAAAGUAGCACAGGAGUAAGAGGUGGGAAAACAGGGGUGGGAGAGCAAGCCCUGCACGUUCAUUCAGAGGCACAUGGAAGACAGUGUUGAAGGGCCAGCUGGGGACUAGCAGCUGUUUGGAGCUCUCGCUGCCCCUCCCCUACUACAGUGCUUGAGAAAAGUGCGGCCGGAUCACUCCCUGUAUUUGUACAGAGCAACCGCCUAAGCCGACCUCAGCUCUCCUGCUGGUUUGGCAGAUCAGCAGAGUUCUGAUUGCCCGGCCCUAUAUCCCAAUUCAGUCCCCCAAAUAGACGAGAGAGGCCCUCCACGUCGUUUCUCACAAGUUCUCCUGCAACCCUUGAAGCGGACAGAAGGCCAGAGAGGAGUGUUGCUCAACGCGUGCCGUGUGCAGCUCCUCAGGCCUUGCACCAUCUCCAGGCUCAGGCCCAGAAGUGGGGCGCACCGGGUGCCAAUGUUGUCAGUUCCCUCCUCCCUACCUACCUCUGACCCUGUUGUGGGUGAGGGUAGCCAUGCUUAUGGCUGUCUUAAAGCUUAAAAUGCAAAGAACUGCUUCUGAGUUUGCAGACCGCAUGCGCUCUCCUGCUGUCUGGGUAAGCCUACAGUGCUGUGCCCUUGAGAGUGGACGCCGCCUGGCUUCCUGCUGAAACGUGCUGGGGGCAUGGCAACUAUGAGGUACCUCCUACAUCUGCUUUCUGGCUGUGGUGACUUGGGAUUUUUAACCUUAUAUAUCUUUUUCCUUUAUUCAAAACAAAACAAUUUUUAGCACACUGAAAAAAAAAAAAAAAAGCCAAAUGUUUUGUGCCUUGCUAAGGCAGCACUGUAUCCCAGGCUGCAUUUUAGGACUUAAUAUGGAAAUACCAGAGUCUGAGCUCCUCUACCUUGAGUGUCAUUAGUCCCUAGAGUCUAGGGGACAGGAAGGAGUGCUCUCUGUGAGUGGAGAGGUGGCAUGCAGGUACAGUGUGUCAGUGGACCUUUUUCCCUGCCACAAUGCUGCUUUGGAAGAAAGCAGCGUUGUACCCUGGAAUCAUUUGGUUCUUCCCAGUGAGCAGCUUAGUUAUCAGGUUGAAUGCUUUGUCUCCUGCAAGAAGAGACAAAUGUUCCAUAAUUUUCCAGGUAUACCCUAGACCAUUCCAAGUGUCCCAGCCUCCUCAUGUUAUUAAUUACCCAGCUGCGUGGAGAAGUGUAGGAUGGACUCCCUAAGAAGGGGAGGUUGUUCAUUUGUUGGUGUUUUUGCUGGAUCCUGAACUGGUCUACACUUCCUGCCUCCUUUCAUUAGACGUGGCUUUCCUUUUACUUUGAAGGCUUCGGACUUAAAGCAUUAAGCAACUUUUGCCCUCCACAGGGUCUAGUUUUCCCCAGGGAAGGGCAGCAAGGAACACAUACCAGAAACCUGUCCUUGGUAUUGUGACCAUUGUAGGUUUUAGCAAAAAAAGGAAAAAAAAUUUCUCUAUAAUGACAUUUUACUUAUCUCUUACCCUUUCCUCAGUUUUUCCCUGCCUUUAACUAAGAAUUGAAAGAUAGAAACAAUUCUUUUUAAAAGUCCUCCUUAUUCAAGAUUCUGAAAUUCUUGGCCUGGGUGGGGCUAGAGAAAACUUGAUGCUUUCUCUAGAAUGAAGAGUCCCAAUUUGUAUAUCAGUGUUAAGAAGAAAACAAAACAAACACUUAGAUGAGAUUUUCAUGGACUAUUUUAAAAAUGUGUCAUUAAUAUAAAAAAAUUUAUAUUAGCAGUAUUUAAUCAUUCUUACCUGUAAAGAAUAAGAAAAACAGAAGGUAAAUAUUCUUACAGAGAAUAGCAGAGCUUUAAGAUUCAUUUUCAUUCAUUUUAAGUCCAUUUUGUUUGGCCAAUGUAUUAAUGUUUAGAGGUCUGUUAUACUAAUGUUAUUUAUUAAUUUUUUUCAUUUCCAUACAGUUAACUAAAGAGCUUUUUCAAGCAUCCAUGUCUGUAAAAAAUAUUUUUAAAUAAAGUUUCUUUUGUUGUAGCAGA